AUGACUACAUCCAACGAGCCGCCAUCAUCGGCGAAGCUCGACAACGACAACGUGCCGAUCACGACAGGCCAGGAUGAUCGUGAGAGAGCGGAAAAGGAGCAGGGAGAGCCUCCAGGCAGCCCGCCCAAACAGUCUCUGGAGCGCUGGAAUGUACCCUCGGCCAACAAAUACCGCUACUUCGCCACCAUCCUGUGCUUCAUAAUCAUGGGCAUGAACGACGCUGCUGUCGGCGCGCUCCUACCAUAUGUCGGUCCUUACUACGGAGUCUCCUACACCAUUAUAUCGCUGAUAUUCCUGGCGCCGUGGGGAGGCUACCUCGUCGCCGCAAUGUGCAAUAAUCUCAUCCAUCACCACCUUGGGCAGAGGGGCGUUGCCGUGUUGGGGCCGCUGACUCGGAUACUGGGCUAUGUUGCGCUAUGUGUCCAUCCGCCCUUCGCUGCUCUGCCCCCCCUGAUGCUUCUGCCUGGUUUUGGUAAUGGCAUUGAGGAUAGCGCUUGGAACGCGUGGAUUGGUAAUAUGGAGUCGGCCAACGAACUGCUGGGUUUCAUACACGGCGCUUACGGGUUAGGCGCCACCAUCGGCCCGCUCAUUGCUACGGCUAUGGUCACCAAGAUGCACCUGGAAUGGUUCACUUUCUACUACAUCAUGCUCGGCCUGUCAGUUCUCGAGUUGGGUCUCACGACGACAACCUUUUGGGGGGCUACUGGAGCCGUUUACCGUGCGACAAUGUCGUCGAGCGAAGGAGGGAGAACUACUACGCGCUCUGUCAUGGCGAAACCCAUCCCCUGGCUGGUCGCCCUGUUCCUGCUCGGAUACGUAGGAGCCGAGGUCAGCCUCGGAGGCUGGAUCGUUACAUUCAUGCUUGAUGUCCGACACGCCUUGCCCUUCGAGUCCGGUCUCACGGCGGUGUUCUUCUGGCUGGGCUUGACGAUAGGCCGUGUCACGUUGGGAUUCGCCACUGGUCGUAUUGGUGAGAAGCUGGCCAUCACUGUCUACCUCCUGCUAUCUGUCGCGCUCCAGCUGCUGUACUGGCUCAUCCCAAACUUCAUCGCUUCGGCCGUGUUUGUUGCCUUUGAAGGUUUCCUUCUUGGGCCUCGAGUUUUCCCCGCUGCCAUCGUCGCCGCCACGAAGCUGCUACCGAGUGACGCGCACGUCUCAGCGAUUGGCUUCGCGGCCGCUUUCGGAGGUGGGGGAGCUGCCGUCUUUCCAUUCGCCAUUGGGGCCAUAGCGCAAGUCCGCGGAGUCUGGGUGGUGCAGCCCAUCGUACUCGCUAUCCUCGUAUUCAUACUUGUUGUAUGGUCGUGUCUACCUGGUGGACUGAGGCGAGGUGGAUUGGAACAUGCGAGAGACACGGACGAGAGAAUCGGCCAACAGGUCUUGGCCGGAUUUAGAAAGCUCAGGCACAAGAGGGGAGAAACGUGA